UGUUCGUUUUAAAUUUUUCAAGUAAUUUUUUUUGAAAAAUAUUUGCCGUGUGGACUUCAUUUGAUCUUCGGGAAAUAAUUUUGAGUUCGCCAAAACAGUUUUAACGAAUCUUGCAAAAGACAAGCGCGUCAAAUGGACAUGCACUGUAACCGUUGUUUUAUAUAUCGCUGUUGUUUAUAAAUAUACCGUAUUAUAAAUGCAUUUGACAGUUUAUGGUCACAAUAAACAACUGUAUCUAUAUAUAUAUACAUAUGAUUAGUAAAUUGUACAGACAAUCAGAAAGCUUUUAAAAUGAAGGACAUAGAACAGGGCUGGACCGACGAUCCGUUUUUUAAACAAACAAAGUCCAAAGAUAUAAUUUUGUUAGAUUAUGGGGAGACGCCGUAUUUUUUGAGAGGAAAUCCUUACAUUACGUCUGGCUACCGAGCAUAUCUAUCUUUUAGAAAAUGUUUGACAAGUUUAUUUCAGUUAAACAAUGAAACAAUGAAUAUUUGGACUCACCUUCUUGGUUUCGUCAUUUUCUUCAUUCUUUUCAUUUACUCCAAUUCUGUGACAAUCCCCAGUUCCCACGGAGGAUAUAUUGAUCAUGCGGUAUUCACAUGUUUCCUGCUCUUCUAUCAGUUUUGUAUGCUGUGCUCAGCAGGUUACCACAUGUUCAACUGUCAUUCUGAGAAGAUAUAUCAUAUUUGGCUAUCUUUGGAUCUAGCUGGGAUAUCAUUAGCUCUCUGUGGAUGUUAUAUACCCAGUGUAUAUUAUGCUUUCUACUGUCAACCUAAUCUCCAAGCAAUAUACAUGACCAUAGUGGGAGCAAUGUCCCUUGUUGCUUUAUUGCUUCAAUUUCAUCCGCAAUAUUUCACUUCACUCUGGGCCAAUAAAAGGUUAACAUCCUUUGGAGUGAUAGGAAUGUUUGGAAUGAUACCAUCACUUCACUGGAUUUGCAUACAUGGUGGUUUUACACAGAUUAUUGUACAGGUAUUUUUCCCUAAAGUUGUGACUAUGUAUAUAUUAGGUGGCCUAGCUAUUGUAAUCUAUGCAUUCAAGUUUCCUGAAUGUGUUUUCCCAGGUCGUUUGAACUUCAUUGGAGCUAGCCACCAAUGUUGGCAUAUUAUUAUAGUCAUAGCAUUCUGUUGGUGGUAUAAAGCCAGUGUCCAGUUCUUCAAUUUUCGGCAAGAGUAUGGUUGCAUGGUAGAAAAUGUAGACUUGUUUAGCAUGAGAACCUUUACUUCAACAGAACAUAGUCCAUCAUUGGUUUCUGUUAGUAUAACCAGGUAACGCUGGUAAAUAAAUUAGUCCUGCAAUGGUUGUUGUACAUAGGUAGUAGUACUACUAAAUAAAACAAUUGAAUGUUUCUGGAGUAUUGAAAAAUGAUAGUAUACUAUACACUAUAGUAUUCUACAAUAUGCCACUACCAAAAAAACUUCAGAACAGGCAAGUUUCAAU